AUGCAAGCCCACUACCCUGGCUCCCGAGCGUGGAGCUGGACCGAUGGAAGCCCCGUUGACUACACUCGUUGGGAUCACAAGCAACCAGAUAACUGGUACGGACGUGAACAUUGCACACAGGUUUUUCGCACCGGACGUCCGCGUAGUUGGAAUGACGCCGAGUGCAGUUUGAAAUUGAAUGGCUUCAUUUGCAAGAGACCCAGGUGA